AUGGUUGGUAAGUAUACGGUCACAGAGCAAAUAGGAAAGGGCGCUACCUCCGUGGUCUACGAAGGGACCAACAACAAAACCAGAGAAAAGGUGGCAAUAAAGGUAAUUGACUCCAGGAACACAAGAAACCUCCACCUGGCCGCGAAUGAAAUAAGAGUUCUGCAGAGGCUGGACCACCCCAACAUUAUAAAAAUAUUGGAGACCGUGGAAACAGAGACGCAGACGCUUAUUGUUUUGGAAAAGUGCAAAUUCUCUCUUUCUUCGGUGGCUAAAUCAGGUGCUCUUCCCUACAAAACUGUUCUAAGGAUAUUCCGAGACAUUCUCGUGGGUAUGCGGUACCUGCACACGAACGGAGUCAUACACAGAGACAUAAAGCUGGGGAAUGUGAUGAUAAGCGAAAGCAACGACCUGAAAAUAAUCGACUUUGGUCUUUCCAAGGACACUUUAUUCAGCACGCCAAAAACAUUCUGCGGCACCCCGGACUUCAUAAGCCCUGAAAUGAUGGGGAGAAUGCCGUAUACAAAAAAAACAGAUAUCUACAGUGCAGGAAUGCUGGUUUACUUCCUUAUAUUCAGAUGCGACUACAGCAAGAGCAGAAUGGAAAGCGGGAAAAGAUCAGAGCAGUACGGCGCACUCGUCAGUCUGCUGGAGAAGAUGCUGGAAAAAGACCCGAGUAAAAGAAUAUCCGCAGAAGAAGCCCUGACAAAUCCGAUAUUCAGCUCAUUUUUUCCCCAGCUCAUACCAAUAGAGGGAAUAAAAAGCUUCCAAAUAACAACGAAGCUUGGGAGAAUUGAAUACUCGGAUGAAAAAGUUGCAAUGACAGCAAAAAACGUCAGCUUUGCAAUAAGAUCAGGCAUGGGCGGGGUGUACCAGAUGGACAAAAGGACAGCACAGGAGGUGUACAUACCCUUCUCGGCAACAGAUACAAAAACACUGAAGCUUGUCGGGUUCUGCUACUCCAUUCUCGGCCUUGUAAAAAAAAGAACGCCUGUUGUUAUCAUUCUUACCGACAAAGGAAAGUUUUUCAAAAUGCUGAAAGAUACAGUUUAUGUCUACAUUGUAGAUGAGUUUUAUAUUCUCUGGCAGAACGGAGAGAUGUCUGCCAAGAACCUGAAGAGCAAAGAGAGGGUGCAAGCUACUGGCGUAAGCAAAGAAGAGAUGGAAUCUCUUAUAUACGAGUCCAUACGCGCCCUGCGUGAUGAAAGCACGCAGAAAAGACCGAUAACAAUAGACAAAAGAACGUUUAAAAAAGGAAGUCUGCAGCACAGCACAUACCCGUCCAUGGGGCUGUCUCUUGAGUCUGCUACAUUGGCCAGCUUAGCCCCUGGGUCUCUGCUGAAAGAAAAGUCUGAGUACUGCCCGAUAUUCAUAAGACAGGGAGUCAUACUCAGACUAGAACCGUAUCUCUACUUUUUGUUCUUGUUUUCUGGAGGCUGUUUUAUCCUUAAUUUGCACACAGAGGUCCUGGUAAGCUUUUCAGACGGUCUUCCGAAACAAGUCCACCAAAUCAGCUCCAGCACUGACCGAGAAAUGCUCCAGAACAUUUUAUUAUUUGGCGCAGUGCUGAGCAGAAGUUCGAGGAGAGUGUAA